AUGGUGAACAGGCUCAAGGUGGAGGACUGGUUUGCCAUUGUGGCAACGAUUGCCGCUUGUGGUCAAUAUGUUGUCCACGUUGCCAGUGGCUAUCAAGGCUUGGGAAAACAUGUCGCAGACCUGACUCCGCACAGAGUUAACGGAGCUCUCAAGGGCCAAUACGCCGCUGAUGUUCUCUUUAUCGCGAGCCUUUUCUGCGCCAAGAUGGCGACAGCAAUGAUGACCAAGUCAAUUUCGCAGAGAAGCCACAAGCAAAUUAUACAAGGAAUCGGAUUGCUAAUUGCAGUUUGGGCAGGCACUGGAAUCUUGGUCAUCCUUUUCCAGUGUCAAUUGCCCAGUCCGUGGUACUACAUCGAGCGGAAGUGCAUCAAGCGCGUUGAUUUCUGGUCCUACUUUAGCGUCAUCAACAUCAUCACCGACUUGUUGCUUAUCGGAAUCAUGAUAGAAAACGUGCGUCGCAUCCAAACGUCGUGGUCGAAAAAGGCCGUGGUCAUCUCUGUCUUCGGCAGCCGCAUCUUUGUCACUCCCGGAAUUGUCUCACAGAUCCUUUUCUUCAGAAGGAGCUUUUCGACGGCCGAUCCGACUUUUGAUAUGUGGGAGUUGACCAUUAUCAACGCCGUGGUCACUUGCACCAGUAUCCUGGCUAUCUGCAUCCCCAACCUCAAGCCCUUUCUGGACAGCCUGGAAUCUGGUCAGAUUCGAGUCGACGAUUUGCGCCGUCAAGGAAAGUCGAGCAGCGGAGGGUACGCGAGCUACAACCGCAACGCGUCCGGUGGCCAGGACAGUCAUGGUCGAAGCAACCACCGCUCCCGAAAAGCCGCGGGCGUGGUGAGCAACCAGCAUUCGCACCGAGACCCUCUAGCCUCCAAGGCCUCUCAGCACAGCAAGACGUUCGAGAUGGUGGAUAUGCAUAAGGCGACGAACAAGGAACAGUCGCAGCCGUCCGAGUCCAGCCCCAGCCAUGAAGGUGGUGUCGCAUGGGACGGGCAGAGUCACACCAGUCAGACAAUCCUCAUUCAACAGACCAAGACCUGGUACGUGGAUGUCGAAGACAGACGCAGCUCGGACUGA